AUGGGCAUGGGCUUCACUUUCGGGGAUAUGGUUGUCAAAGUUGGCCCAAUAAAGAGCUCUGUUUUUGUUGAAGAUGCAAUUGUUUGUCGAUUGUUUUGGACAGCCACAAGGAGAUCCACAAGCGAGUUUAACGGUGGCUCUCCAACCCACCGACGCGCUUCCUCCUCCAUUGCACUAAGUGUCCAUUGCUCUCCAUCUCACAUACCUUUGAUGGCUCAACCGAACCUUCCUCUUCCACCAGAGUCGACGAAUCUAUCCUCAGCAUCGUCGAUUUUGUUCACCGUUGGCAAGUUUCACCACCGUCGUUUCAUUCCGGUAACUCAUAUAGAUCUGAAUGGCACCAGAUCAUGA